AUGGCACUAAAAGUGCACAAAAUCCUAGUAGGGAGGAGGUUUCUCAUUGUGAUGGAUGAUAUAUGGAGCAUAGAGGUGUUGGAUUAUGCAAAAAUUCUGUUUCCCGACAACGAGAAUGGAAGUCGGAUCAUGUUAACGACAAGGCUAGCAAAUGUGGCUGCUUAUGCCGAUGCUGAUGCCUCUGCCCUUUUCCACGAGAUGAAGUUGAUGGAUGCUGAUCAGAGCUUUGGAGCCUACUCUCCGCUCACCUGGAUCACAUUCCUCCUGAGCUGGAGAGUGCCGGAAAGGAGAUUGCAAGAAGCUGCGGAGGACUGCCUCUUGCAGUGGUGGUGGUUGCAGGGCUCCUAUCCACACCAGAUAGAAAAGAUUUUGUCCUUGAGCUACAACCAUCUGCCUCUUCAUUUGAAGCCAUGUUUCUUGUACAUGGCAGGCUUUCCCGAAGAUCACGAGAUCAAAGUCACAGACCUGAUCAGGCUAUGGGUAGCUGAAGGCUUUGUUGAAUUCGAAGACACUGCAGAGCAGUAUCUGGAGGAUCUUGUCGACAGGAGCCUCGUCGUGGUCACCAAGAGGAAGUCUGAUGGCAGAAUCAAAAGUUGCAGCCUUCAUGAUAUGUUCUUCGAGCUCUUUCAUCUGAGGUACCUAGCUUUCUGCUACGAUGAGCAACUAUCCAGAGCGAUAUCAAAUCUUCAGAAUCUUCAAGCAUUGAUCAUCAAAGUAUCUCUGUAUCGUCCUCUGCCACAUGAGAUUUGGCAAAUGCCUCAAUUAAGGCAUCUCAUAAUUUCUGGCGACUUGCUCCUCCACAACCUCGUACACCUGUGUCGCCUUGAGAAGCUGCAGCUGGAGCUGGAAACCGAGUGGAGCGACUCCGGGGACGCAACCCUGGUUGCUCCGGACUCACUGAAGAAGUUGACACUGAUCGGGUGGGGCCGUUCGAGCCUUACAUUGGCAUUAGUGGAACCCCAACUUCCGAGGCUGAAGACCUUAUUCAUCCGUGACUGCCGGCGUCUGAGUAGGAUUCCGGAUGAUAUUGGAGAGAUUCCGACGCUUGAGCUCGUCGGGGUCAAGCUCUGUGCGGAGUCUCUGGCGGAGUCUGCCAGAGAAUGCAGGAGGAGCAAAGGAGUUAUGGAAAUGAUGGAUUUCAAGUUCGUUGCAUUGAUUGUGACGGCAUUGCCGAGCUCAAAGAACACGAGCUCUGUGAGAAAGGCAAAGACGGUAAUAGAAGAGCGGCCUCUAAGCUACAGAAAAUCUAAAAGGGUAGCCUAUGGCUAUAUGAAACGCCCUAAGCCUCUAAUUCGGUUAGACUAUACAGAUGCUGAGCUGAAGAUUGUAAACUACAAAGAAGCGGAGCCACAGUUGUAA